UUCAUGUAUUACUACGGUCAUUUCUUCGGUAUGAUUUUCUUUCGGAUCGAAAAUUGCGGUUCGUGUGUUAAGUUUUGCCGAAAAAGUUUAAUCUAUUCGACCACCUAUCGGAUUGUAUGUCUUAGCGCUCAUUUCAUAACUAUUCCACGUUUUAUUUACGAACUCAAAAGCUUUAAUAUUAACAUUCAUUUCACUCUAAUAUCAAUCUUCCUGUCCGCUAUAAUUUUUUCGUUUACAAUUAUAUUGAUGUGCCUGCAAAUUUUUCAUUACAAAGAACUUAUCAGUUUAAUUAACGAAACAAUAGAGACCUUCAUGGACCUGUCGAAAAUCUCUGGAAAUUCUGCAUUUAUUGGGCAAGAAUUUCCGGUGUUGGUGUCAGUUCGAGUUUUGAGUAAUUUGGCUGCCGUGUUGUUGACAUUCUAUAAUUUUCUUACUCAACCUUAUUACAUAGCACUGUUUAAGGGGAACCCGUCCAUCAUAGUUGCAUACAGUUUGGUUUUUCUGUCAUGGUUCGGAGUCCGUGUUAUCUUGGAUUUCCUCAGCUUUGGUUAUACCAUAGCCGCUGGAUUGUACUCUAACAUCGGCAGUCACAUGGAUCAAUUCGCUCAGCAAAUGAAGGAGGUGAAGAUGGAAAAACUGUCAAAAUUUCGUCGGAUGCAAGUGUUGUGUGUACUUUGUGAUAGAUUGGAUAAAUGUGCCGAAAUUUAUUCAAAAAUCUUCAAACUGAUCAAAGCAUUUCACAGAAUCUUUCGAUUUCACAUAUUGCUGAUGUUAUUUUUCGAAGUUAUUGCAAUUAUUUCGAACAUUCAAUUUAUGUUUGUGACGUUUAUGUCAGGUGGAGAAAUUCUAUGGAUGACUGUGGUCUUAGUUUUCAUGUAUAGCCUGGAUUAUGCGGUUUUCAUAAUUAUGAUCGAUUUGGUGGUCCAGAGAUCAAGAAUUCCCCAACGAAUCAGUUGGGAAUGUUACUUUUCUGACAUCGAUAAUCGUUGGGAUAGAAGUGUAAGUACGUGGACCUUUUUUUGAGUCAACUUAAGUUUGAAACUUUAACAUUUGAUGUUUGUGGCUUGUUUGAAAUUGAUAAAACGUUUUGUUUAACGAUUUGUUCUGUGGUAAUAACGUAUUUGACAAUUAUUAUUCAGUAUAGUAUGCAGAAGGAG